GGGCAAUGGUGCACGAGGGUUCCUCUAAUUUGUUUUGGGACCGUGGAGUGGCACUUGCCAGAUCGAUGCCUCCUUCAGUUUGGUCGGGAGCAGUGCAUUCCGUUGGAGGUCCCCGAUAGUCAAAGGGCCUUCCAUGGCCGAGAUGGUCGGCAAGGUCUCGCGAUUGGCCCACGAAGUUGGCGAACUUCAUCGCGAUUUGGGAGAACCAACAAUUACAGGAUAUUGUCACUCCAAAUCAAGUGGGCCGAAUGGGGUAUCAUGACCCAUACUUGGAUCGAUAUCGGCAAACAUCGGUUCAUUACAUGACUGCGGAGGGUGCGGCCGAUGGUGCAUUAGCUGAUGGGAUCGAGCGGAUCAAAGAUAUGACUACCGGAAGAACUUAGUUGGGCAAUGAAGAUGUGAGCUUCAUCAGGAG